AUUUGCACAGCUGCUUACCAGCACCGCGGACAGCGUCCUCAUGAUCAGAAAUAACCUUAUGAACAGAUAAGUCACGUGGUUUCACCUUUAAAAGUUGCCACGCUCUCUCUCUACAUUUCAUCCAUUGCAUGUAGUCAGGUGAGGUUUACAGUGGGAGGAUAAAAGGCGCAUGUGUUCUGACUGUUUUGCACUCAAGGUGGAGUUUUCUGCCACAUCACAUCUCCACGGCGCGCAGUGCUGAGCCUGUUGUCCUGGAAAAGAGCAAAGCUGCCAGGAGCAGGAAGCGGCUGAACAACAACGGAAGCGAGAUUGGUUUUGCUUUUUUGGGACAAUUUCACCCCUACUUUGUGUAGAGAGGUGUCGGGGAAACAUGCGUUCAACGCGCAGGUGAAAUUUCUGCAAAUUUAAGUUGUUCGCUGCUGCAACUUUUCAGCCUUUUGCGCUGAUUCGGCCAAGGGUUCUCUUGCUUGUUGUUGUUUGAUUCAGCCAGGAUUCAUAAAGAUACUUUUUAAAAUCUUUGAGAAAUGUCUCGCAAGAAGGCUGUCAAAGGCAAAGCAACGACCAGCAGCCCAUCUGGGGGCAGUCCCACCGGGAAAGGGACCGGGAAAGCUGCGAGGAGCAGCCCGGGCAUUGUUCAGAUGAACGGUGUGGUCCAUCCCAGCAGACCCUCCAUCAGCAACAGCAGCGAGUUUUAUGACAUCGCUUUCAAGGUGAUGCUGGUCGGAGACUCUGGCGUGGGGAAAACAUGUCUACUGGUCCGUUUUAAAGAUGGAGCUUUCCUGGCUGGCAGCUUCAUCUCCACUGUGGGCAUCGACUUUAGGAAUAAAGUCCUGAACAUUGAUGGAGUCAAGGUGAAGCUCCAGAUCUGGGACACAGCCGGACAGGAACGGUUCCGCAGUGUCACUCAUGCCUACUACCGUGACGCCCAUGCUUUGCUUUUGCUGUAUGAUGUCACCAACAAAACAUCCUUUGACAACAUACAGGCGUGGCUGACUGAGAUCCAUGAGUACGCCCAGCAGGAUGUGGUGCUCAUGCUGCUUGGAAACAAGGCUGAUGCCACUCAUGAGAGGGUGGUGAAGAGAGAAGAUGGCGAGAGGCUUGCAAAGGAGUUUGGAGUUCCCUACAUGGAGACCAGUGCCAGGUCAGGUCUCAAUGUAGAGCUGGCGUUCACUGCUGUGGCUAAGGAGCUGAAACACCGGUCUAUGAAGGAUCCCAGUGAGAAGUUUAAGCUCCAGGAGUACGUAAACAAAGAAAUGAAGAGCACAGGCUGCUGCAGGUCUUAAAACCUGCCUUAGUCAUUCUCUGGAUCUGUGUGCGUGUGUGUGUGUGUGCGUGUGUGUGUGUGUGUGUGUAUGGAUCACUCAUGCUCAUACAGUAGGUGUUCAUAUUUGGCCUGAUCAGAGAUGAGGAGUCAGCUCCAGCGAGGUAUAAACCUUUGUGUCCUUCUGUUUCUCCACUCUCAAACCUCCCGUCUCAGUCCACGCAACCUCCAUCUGUUGUCCUGCACUCAUUUUAUUGCCCUACUCCAUCUUGUGUGUCCUGCUUUUCCCUCACCCACCUCUUUCUGCAGCUGUGAAUGUAGCCCCAGGUUAUGGUUUGCAAAAGACAAAGUUAUGUGCUGCACACCUCAGUUAGUAUCCUAUUAAUGGACAUUUUCUUACAUCACUGUGGCUGCAUGAUAAUAUUUUAACUCCAGCAUUGCAUUACCUUGUGUUUUAUUGUGAAGGGGUUUCAAUUCUUGGUCUUCUUGCAGACACAGGAUACAUGUAAAGACAUUUAUUUAUGAAAGAUCAGUGACGGUUUGGUUGAAUGUUCUCUUCUUGAUCAGUGUGUGGAUGAAUACUCAUACAAUACAUGUAUAGUGUCUUCUGUCCAUGGUUCAGUGUUUAUGUCAGUAAUUCAGGCUCUUUGCAGCCACUUUAGCUCACCAGCAUAAACUCAGUCUAAGCAUUUCCAUGAUUCAGCUGUGGAUAUUUGGAAAUAUGUAUUACAUUUUCUGCAUAAAAGUAAAAGGAUGUUGCUAUUGUGUAUACAGUACAAGGAUAUGAAGUACAGAAUAGCAUCAUUAGCCACAAUACGUGAUUCUUCUAGUAGAUUUUAAUUCAUGUUAGAUGCAAAAAAAAAAAGAA